UCAACUCAUACAUGCGUUCCCCUCCUUCCCCCGAGUAAAGAACGCGCUCACGUUGACUGGUAGUGUAGUUUGAUGGAAGGAGGCUCAAGGAGACAUUAUGUGGAUUUCAAAGCGCAACCAUGACGCGCAGACUUCUGAAAAAAUGCUGACUACACACCGAUGUUGCAAUUGCUGACACGCUGCCGACUUCACCAUGGAAAGAGAAGGCUCCUUCAGGAAGAUUUCGAGGAGUCUCCACAGCAGGUUGAGGUUGGCCGGUGGCUCAUCUUCCAGCCUGACCGACCUCUCAAAGACACCUGGAGGAGGAGGAGGAAUGGAGAGGGUGGUGGCGGAGGAGUGCAGCAGGGACAAAGGGACCCAGCAGAGGAGAGCUGGGGCCAAUGCCACCUGGAACAGCAUCCACAAUGCAGUUGUCUCCGUGUUCCAGAAGAAGGAUCUGGGAGAGAAUGAGCUCUUCUCUUUGAAUGAAGGCGUCAGGCAGCUGCUAAAGACAGAGCUGGGCUCUUUCUUCACCGAGUACCUUCAGAAUCAGCUGCUCACCAAAGGCAUGGUCAUACUGCGGGACAAAAUCCGCUUUUAUGAAGGUCAGAAGUUGUUGGACUCUCUGGCCGACACGUGGGACUUCUUCUUCUGUGAUGUUUUGUCCAUGCUGCAGGCCAUCUUCUAUCCAGUGCAGGGGAAAGAGCCAUCGGUGCGUCAGCUGGCACUGCUCCACUUUAGGAACAUCAUAACCCUUAACCUGAAGCUGGACGAGGCUCUGGCACGACCUCGAGCACGAGUGCCGCCCUCCAUCAUACAGAUGCUCCUCAUACUUCAGGGCGUCCACGAGUCCAAAGGUGUCACAGAUGACUACCUGCGUCUGGAGUCUCUCAUUCAGAAGGUGGUCUCUCCAUACCUUGGCACCCAUGGAUUAUAUUCCACAGAUGGUUCGUCCAAUCAGCACUGUUCUUCCUGUCUGUUAGAAAAGCGUCUUCAGCGUUCCAGGCUGUCCAAAUCUGGUAACCCCCCUACCGUGAAGAACCCGGUGGUGCGCUCAAAAAGCUACAACGUUCCCAUGCUGACCCCUGUCGUGGAGAAUGACGUGGACUCGACAGCAGGUGGGGGCGCUGGUAUCAGACGCCACUCUGUGUCGGAGAUGACUUCCUGCGUGGAGGAGAGCCCCCCCGUGGCUGAAUCCAGCAUUAAGCACUCGGGUACCUCAAGUCAGAACCCCCAGGUCCAGCAACCCUCCCCUCCAAGUGAUUACACACACUGUAUGGACUCUCUGGUGUCAGACUCCCCCGUGUGCUCCAGAGUUCUGGCGCAGGACACAAGCUCAGGCUCCAGCCCGUCGUCCAGUCCGGAGAUCACCGCGGAACUCCGCAUCCCGGAAUCUCUGGACUCUGAGCCUGAGCACGACGGCAUCUUUCUGGACUUCUCCAAAGCCUGCGCUGGAGGUGCAACACACAGCAGUAUAGAUUGACAGGUGACAAUCCAGUACCUUUUUAGCUUAUUUAGUCAAAUGAACCAUCAGUUUAAUCAGCAGGUACCCCAGCAUGAAUGAGGUUAAAAUGUUGAUAAUACAGUAGCAAUAAAGCAUAUAGCUUACAAUGAAUAGCAAGAAAACCUUGCAAACACUGCCACCUAGUGUUCACCCCUAUACCUGCAUAUUGUAAUAGCCCCACCUUCAAACAUGCUGACUGAUUAUAAUGAAGAAGCACUUAGACAAUUAAAGCAGUUUAUUCUAAAUGCAGCAAAUGGCAUUCAAAUCUAAUUAAUUGAAAGAAAAGUUUAAGUAAUGCAGCAGUCUUACAUUCUGGUUAGAGAUUUCAGUCUUAUACUAACGAUGUACAGCAGAAAUGAUGAAAAACAUUUGUGAAGCCGAACCCAGCUCAGCUUUACCUGCGAUCGGCGUAAAAGUCUACAUUUUAAAUAUAUUUUCUAUAUAUGUAUGUCAUGUAACAACCAGGCCAAGUAUUCAUGAUGUCACUAACAGCCACAGUCAGUGGAAGACGUUCCCGUCACGUGACGUCAGCAGGCGAGACUCUCCGUGCUGCAACGUGAAGAAGGAUUCCGGUUUCAGCUCGUUCUCCUCCAGAGCUUCUUGGAGGCGACGCGGCGGCUCCAGAUAGUGCUGGGUAAAGGACAAAAGUGGCUUCAGUUUUUGGUUUCCAGCUUCUCCACCUUUCUCGGCAUACAAAUACUCAUGCAGCUUAGCAAACAAAGGCCCUUUUGUUGGGAACAUAAUGGUGAUGGUAUACAUAGUUUUACCUCAUAGGCCAGAGCAAAAGUCCCCCAGUGAAUAGCCAGUGAGUGUUUGGCCUGAAUGUCCAUGUGGAUCUGCACCGCCUCCUUUGGGUCUACAUGCUGCCCUUUCAUCACAUCCCUACAACAAACACCACCAUUAUUCUUCAGCAAAGUCCUAACAUGUAGGAGGCAUGAGUAGAUGUUCACCUGGGAAGAUACGCUCCAAUGGGGAUUGCCGCCAAGUCAAACGGUCCAAAACGUCGACCGAUCUCCUUGAAGGCCGGGCAGUAGCCAGUAUCGCCAGCGAAGAAGAAGCGGUGAUCUGGACCCAGUACAGCCCAGCUGGCCCAUAAGGACUGAAAAAAGAUGGAUGACAUGUUUAGCGGGCAUUGUUAAAUCAAAGACAAGAUAAGUAAGCCACCGUGUUGUCGUCCACGGCACUGCGUUUGCUCCAGUGCUGGGAGGGCGUGCACACAAACGUGACAUCAUCGUGAGCCGGCACGCAGUUCUCCUCCCACCAGUCCAGCUCCAUCACGUUCUCACAGCCCGCCUUGGACAGCCAGUCCAUCAAGCCGAGGGGCACGAACCUACAGACACUCCUGGUAAGCGGCGUUUGAAGCCAUUUUAGAGAAUACCAGCAUGGUGCACGUACCAGCGUAGCUCCCCUCCAAAGCGUGUGUUAAGGCUGGCCACUGUUCCAGCAUCAAGAUGAUCGUAGUGGGAAUGACUGAUGACCACAGCGUCGAUCCGGGGCAACUGGAGAACCAGACCCAGUUUAAAUAAAGCACAUAGAUGUUGUUUGAAAAGCAAGCACACCUGUUGCACGCUACAAGGUGGGCCUCUGUAUCUUUUAGGACCCAUGAACUGGAACGGUGACGCCCUCUGGCUGAAAAUGGGAUCUGUCAGAAUAUUCAACCCGUCCAGUUCCACCAGAACUGAGGCGUGACCCAGCCAGGUGACCCUCAGACCUGGACCGGAGAGGGAAAGGUCCGGGUUCUGGACAAAGUACGGCUCCAUCACCGGUAGCUCGUUGUCAAGGGCCUGGAAUGAGGCGAAGCAUAGGCGUAAUAAUCACUUUGCCCACCAGGAAGUGCUGACUCGUGACGACGCACCUCUUUACUAGUUGGGAUAUUGCUGUGGUUCUUGUCCAGUAACAAGAACCGGAGCAGGGUGGAGUAGGAGGGGAAGCACCAUGUGGGCCAGGGGUUGGUGAAGCGGCCAUGUUUGUCUCGACAGGACUUUGUCACAUCUUCCUGUAAACAAAAAUACAAUGAUGCUCCCUUCUAUUUAUUUAACUAUAUACAGGUAUGUACUGUAUUCAUGACUGAUGACCUCAAUGCGGUAGUCCAGUCGGAAGCUCUUGCGUGAGGACCGGCAAGAGCUGCUCCUCCUCUGGGCUUGAGGACCCGCCUCUCUGCCCUCUGCCCCCCUCAGCACGCCACCAUCCUGCAAAUGUAAAUAAACAAUGGCAACCAUUUUGGUGACGCACUGUAGUUCAUUUCACGCCUUUGGUACCUCCACUAGGCCUGUUCUCUCCUCCGGGGCUCCGCUGUCUGAAGAUAACGACUUUUCCAUGGGCUCACCUCCACAUCUGGCAUGGACAAACACCAACUUUUACAAUAUUUUAUUCAAAUGCAGACAGGAGGAGGAUAACAGCAUCACAGUGUUACUGUGUAACGCUUUGUAUGUGAGAUAGAAUGGGGUCAAAUUAAUCCAGUCUUGUAAAAUGCACAACUGGAAGCAGAUGUUAGGAGGUGCAUGCCACUCUUCCUAAAUGUUUACUUGAAGGACAACUGGACGUAAAGUUGUCUACAGUGUGGUCCAACAGUGUGAGAAGAUGGAUGGUCCAUUCAUUUUGAUCAGGGGCAUCCUCCUUACUGCAGUGGUGCGUUCACUACACACACUAUAUUUGUGUGAUUCUCCGACAACAACGGCGGCCUGUGGUUGAGAACCAAAACAAAGGUGUGCAGUGUGUGCAGCCAUUUGUGGCUCGACGUGCUAAAUGACAAAAAAAGCACUAGAGUUGGCAGACAUCUCUGUCUGUCCUCGAAAUGUAUUUGCGAGUUUAUAAAUAGUGUCGUUUCUCUGCAGCACAGACCACUCUCGAUGAAAGGUGCAGGUUAUAAAUAGGACUUAGUUUCCGUGUAGCAUUAGUAAAUUAAGCUAAAAAAUAUCAAACAAGUUAAAACGAGAUGAUUUGGUUACUAGCAGCGAUAGCAGUAACAUCGUACUAACGCCCCCUCCCCACAAACAUUAUAGGUAUCGUACAAUAUACCUGAACAGUGAACGCAACAGCUAGCAAGAAAACAUGUUAGCCAAACAACCGUGCUACUAAGAGAUAUUGCUAACUCUACGACUCUUGUUUAGCAGAUUUCAAAAUAAACUUUAGCUGGCUAAGUCAUGAAAUAAGAGAAAUUACCGUCAAAGACGUCGCUCACAAGCUAAAGAAAGGUUUUUGCAGUCGAGUGGCAGGCGGAAGGUGAAAGUCAUUGGUCAACGUAGGGGAUUGGUGACGUCAGCCUAAACGUCACUGGGGCACAUGAUCACAGUUCGUCAAUUAGCACUUUAAUUACAGCAACAGAAAACGCACUAGCUCGUUACAUUUUCAUUAUAAAUAUUAAUUACAGGACACUGGAUACUUGCGUUUUAAUUGUAUGUGCAUUUCAUAGAAUUACAUUUAUAGAUUAAUGCAAAUUUUGCAGAAUAAAAAUACAUAAAUAUGUGGUUGCUGUAAAUAAAUAAAUAAAACAUGUCUGCAUUAGACAUAUUGAUAUUUAUA